AUCAUAAGCACCAUGAAGCUUCUCAACUUCUUUACCCUUUUCACCGCUGUGAUUAUGGUCAUGGCUAUCUCCACAAUGGCAAUGCCACACACCUUGGACAAGCGUAAUGGUGCCUCAAUUGCGGGAUCAUUUGUCACAAUCAGUCAAUUGAUUGCUCAAUUAGAUCAAGCUCAACAAGCUGCCGGUCAAACAGGUACCCCGGAUUUCAGUAAAGCCUCUGGUUUCCUCGUUCAAUUGGCUCAAACAGCCGAAGCUGCUGAUGCAGGUCUUAACGGUUUAGGAAACAAUAAAUUGGAUGAUGGUUCUGCACAUAGCAUUAAAUCUUCACUUCAAUCUUCUGCUUCAAGCGUUCGUUCAAUCACUGCUUUAAUUCAAAAAGGUAAGGAAUGGUUUGCUAAGAACAAUGCAACGCAAAAGGUGAUUCAAAUUUUACAAGCAAACAUUGCUCAAUUCCAUCAAUUGUUUGCCAAUUUGAACGCACAUGUGACCUCAAACUAUGUUCAAGCUUAUGCCCAUUCUGAAAAGAGAUUUAUCUGUGCAAUGGUUGAUGCGGUUGCCGCUUUGGAUAAGAAUGCGGUCUCUGGAGGUGCAGUCAGUUUCUGCAACAAUGGCGGUGAUGGUGGUGAGCCUGAUGACGCAAGUAGUCUUGAUGCAUUCAACAAUGGCAUCACACCCUCAGGAUUUGAAACAUGCAACAACAGUCCAACCAUGUUCUUCCAAGAGGCCUACAAUAGUAAGACUCUCGGUAAAACCACUCAAUGCACUUCAGGUCAAAAUGUUGUUCCGAAUUCAUUCGGAGUUCCGAUUAACCCUUUGUUGCUUUGAGUAUAUCAAUUAACUACUUUGGAUAAUGGUAUCACUGAUGAUGAUAUUCCGAUGUUCAUUCAGUAGAUGUAUAUAAACAAUCUUCAUUUAAUCAGACAAAGAUUUGAC